GGAGAGUCGGUCCACAGAGUCGGAAGCAUCGGUUGCUAUACUAGACUACACAUAGACAGUCUACAGUGAGUACAAGUUCGAUACUUCCAACCUACGUUCUCAACAAAUUUCGUAAAAAUAUCGACUUCUGCCACAGGCAAACCUUCACGUCAAGAUGAAGCGAGUCCUACUUCUCUCCCUGGCAGUCCUGGCCGUGGUCUCCUACACCGAGGCGAAAUCCCAGGGCACGCACAAGUACGAUGGCAGCAUCAGCUUCGAUCUCUUUGGUAACAGCUCGGUUCAACGCCAGCACGCUCUGAACAUCCUCUGGAAAGCAGUUCAAGACGCCUUCGGAAAAGCCAACGGUAUCAGUUCGCAGGGCGAAGGAGACCACAACGGCAGUGGAAGGAUUUCCGGUACCGUCAACUUCGCCGGUGAACGAGAACGGGGUGAUAAGGACAAGAACACGACAAGCACGGCGAUCAAGAAGGUUGAAGUUCAGGAGCUCGAGGGUGAGAGUGUCGAGGAGAUCGUUACUUUCGAGGACAAUGCUUAGAUCGAUUGUAUGUGUAGAUAUUUAAUUUUACCUCUUUUGUUAUGGACACGUUGUAGUUACCUGUAAUAAAUCGCUCGCUUUUGCACGAAAAAACAAA